CACGUCUCCUUCUCCUCCCAGUGGCAGCAUGGAUCCUCUCACUAACUUUAUUUCGUUGCUUUAGUGUCGGCUUUUCUCUUGUAUAUUGAUAAUAUCGAGGUUCAUUUCCCCCCCUUAUCUCCCCCGGUCACCAUGUUUACCACCACCGGUUCCCGGGGCCUGUACAAGGCUCCGCUGUCCAAAAGCCUUUUGUUGGUUGUGAAUGGGCUGACGGUGCUGCUGACCCUGCUGCCACAGUACCAGGACAUGUUCGUGUACAACCUGCAGGCUGUCGUGCAGCAGCACCAGUUGUGGAGGUUGCUGUGUGGACGACUUGUCUGUCUAGAUCUGAAGGACUCCUUCUGCAGCAGCCUGCUGAUCUACAACUUUCGAAUCUUUGAGAGGAGGUUUGGCUCCAGGAAGUUUGCUUCCUUCCUGUUGGGCACUUGGUGUCUCUCUGCGCUUAUGGACUUCCUCUUGGUGUGUGCGUUCCAACAUCUGUUUGAUUAUGAAGUAGAGGAACUGUCGGCAGGACUGCUUGCUCCUGUCUUCUCUCUGUUUGUGCCUUUCUACCUGUCAAUCCCCAGGAUGCCAGUCACCCAGAUAUUGGGCCACAUCCCCAUCACCAACAAGUCUCUGGUUUACAUAGUAGGCCUGCAGCUGCUGACUUCCAGCCCGUUCAUGUGGCUCCUUGCACUCAGUGGACUGAUCUCGGGGGUACUGUACCACUCCAAUGUCCUCUGGUUACAGAAGAUCCUCUUUGUUCCUGCCUGGGUGUCUUUUAUUGGGCGGUAUAUUCUGGAGCCGCUCUUCUCAAGUUCCCAGCCAAGCAGCGAGACGCCUGUGGGGAUGGGGGCGACUCUGGACAUCCAGAGGCAGCAGAGAAUGGAUCUGCUUGACCAGCAGUUGCUUUUGGCACAAUACAAUGAAGCCAGGAGGAAUGUCCGACCUCAGCCACAGGCUGGGUUGUUACAGUGGACCAGGUUGUUCCCCUCGCUGCGGCACAGAGGCCAAAACCGACCCCCAGCGCAACCCCAGCCUCAGGCUCAGGCUCAGACGCAGCAGUCCACGCAGCCACCGCUGCUGGACAACUCUCAUGUUGCAGAGGAGCAGGUUGCACGGUUGGUGGAAAUGGGUUUUUCCAGAACUGAUGCCCUUGAGGCCCUCAGAGCUUCAAAUAACGAUAUUAAUAUGGCAACUAACUUCCUCCUCCAACACUGAAGGAAAGAUCAGUGGUAGGAAAGAGCGAUAAAUAUAGAGACAACCAAAGCAGAGGUGCUGAGGAGCAAAGUAUUAACGGGGUGUGGUGGCGAAUCAACGGGAGGCGAUGGAGAAUAAGAGGGAAGAUGAAUGAAAUUUGUACAAAUAAUCUGAAUGCGACGUCUGCGCUCCCCUGAAGCAGUGCUAACGCGACCUGAACUGAGGCCCAUAGCAGGCUGGGUAAUGGAGAAGUGUGAAGCACAAAGUGAAAGACAUUUGCGUCAUGGCUCUCUGAUGGCUGCUGUCGUGUGAAGCAGGCGCAGUUGCUCGAGGCAGAGGAGUUGGAGCUCUAACUCCACGGGGUGCUAUGUGAAAGAUAUUUUCUACAGAUAGAGAAAUGAAAGCAGUUUCAGCUUUCCAACUAUAAAACCUUCAAAACACCUGUCUUCAGUUCAAAGGAGGAAACGUACAGUCUAGUAUCGUAUGCUGAAUACAGUUUUAUGUAUCUUCAUGUCAUGUGGUGCCGCUUUCAAAAUGUAAACAUUAUUCUGACUAUCAUUAGAUACGCUAUGGAGACAUGAAAUAUCUGAAGUUUAAAAGCAAAAAUAAUACAUCAAAGAACUGUACGUCAUCUCUUUUACUCUCUUAUAUGUGCUGCUGGAAAAACACAACACCUUGCCAUUAAUUUUUGGUCAUUUAUUGUUUUCACUAUUUUUUUAUUUAUUUUUUGUUGCCACAUUUACCACAGGAGAUGGUUCACAGACUGAAGAAUCGAUAUAACUUUUGUCAGGAUUUCAUGCAAGUUGCAGAGCUUAUCAUUUCAUGAAUAACUGCCAGUCUGAAAAAAACUGUAUUGAUCCACUUUUCUUUGGAGCUGACUUUGGCCCAUUAGAGCUACAGAAGCAGACUGUUGGAAAGGCUGGGAUUCUCGGCAGGACAUCGGUUAGAUGGGUUAUCUCAGGGUCGGUGAGGCAAAUUCGUAUUUCUUUUAUUAUAAAGUUGUACGUACAAACAAGAGUGCCCAAACACAGACGCAGAGUAGCCUUUCAGGCAGUUAUGCCAAAUUUUGUUUAUAUCAUCCUUUUUCUUUCUCCUCCUGUCUCAUUCAUUAAAGUCUUAAAAAAGGCUAAUGGUAUUUAUUAUGCAAUAUCACAAGAGAAAUCUGUGGAUGCUAUGCACUGCAUAGUACGUAAAUACUUUGUGUAUAUAAAACAGACAUGCAAAAGAGGUAAAGUUGCAGCCACUGCAUAUUGAUCUCAAAGGUUGAUGAUAGUUUUAUAUUUUGUGCACAUCAAUAAUGAUAUAUGUUCACUGCAACAAGUGUUUUGGGUGUAUGUAUUUUUCAGAGUAAUACUAUAAUAUAUGGAUGUAAUGAGAGUUGUUGCAUGGACAGUUUUCUGAUAAAUUGUCAUUCAUGAUAUUUGAUCUAUGGAAUAAAUCAACUUCCUGAAUUAA